ACCUGUGCGCGUGUGCGCCUGGAACCGCGUGGCGCGUAUCUGUGUACGUGUAGGCUCCGUCAGCUUAACGUCGUGCGUGCUUCUCAGCCUUUUCACAGUGUCCGUGUGUGUGCGCUCUUCGAAGCUGUAUACACGAGACGUGUAGCAGAGCCGUUUUGCCUACUAAUUCCAAAAAAAUUACUGAAAAAGAAGCCAGUGCGGAAUGUGAUUUUUUUUUUUUUUUUUUCACACCAUCCUGAACGACAGACCUACUUCCUGCCGGAUACUGCUUUACGAACACAACAGCUGUGCUUCACGAACUGGACUCACUUGUUCGCAUGUCCCUGUAAUCGAACUAGUCUCUUUCAGUCAGAACGCUCUACGCUGUGCCAGCGUGCCAAACCUGUCACCUGAAGAUUGCGAUUCCGUGAAGUUUCCAAAGCCACUGGUUCACAUUCGCACGUACAGCAGCGUGGUUCCAAAAGGGACACUACUGUCGAGAAAUCUGCCUAGAACUACUGACCGACCAUUUGUGUAUAUGUCAAAAACAACCGCUGGUGUCGACGCAGGUCGUGGUGGUAGCCCAUAUUUCGCAUCGUCGACAGUGGAGCAGUUUGGAGGUACAUGAGAACAGGAGUGCCAACUUGAAGACCAGUGAGUGUAGUGGGUGAUCGCCGAUGUGACUGCGUGCUGGUCUGAGGUUGGAGGCUGGGAGUCAGCGAUGCUGCAGCACUGGUUCCACUCGCUGCAGAAGGCGCACUCGGAGGACCUGGACGUGGUGAGCCCCGUGGAAGAGGAGGGCGCCACCCACCACCACCACCACCACCACCACCACCACCACCAUCCACUCUUCAGACACAGGAGGAAGGAGCUGGGAUCGCAGCCAUUGCCGACGAUCAGUGUAACAGACGAUGCGUCGCACGUGGACGGUGCUGCCGCCAGCGGCCACCGGCCGAGAGCGGGCACGUGGAGCAUGGCGCAGUCUCGCCACCGGCCGGGCGCCAUCUCCCCCGGCCCCCAACAGCAGCAGCAGCAGCAGCCGCGGCGACGGUCCGGCGAUGACGUGGUGUCGGCGCCGCCCUCGCAGCACAGCCCCCAGCCGGCGCCGCCCCCGGCCCCGCAGCCGCAGCCGUCGCCCUCUCGCCAGCGCCACUCCACGCUGCUCGACGCCUUCCGCCCCCGCAGCAAGUCCGACGCCGGCGGCCACAAGACGCCGCGCCGCCCCGGCGCCAACAUCAUCUCCCACAUGAAGAGCGCCGUGCAGCACUCGCUGAUGUCCCCGAGCUCGAGUGGGGGCAGCAGCAAGACCUCAGACUCGUCAUCGACAUCAAAGUCGGAGGGCAGCAGUGGCGGGGGCGGUGACCACGGGCACGGCGGGAGCCACGGACACAGCAGUAGUGGCGGCAGCGGCAGGCCGCGCGCCGGCUCCGACAGCAACACCAGCCGCGGGCCCGUCUCCAAGGUGAUGGACAUGUUCAGACAUCGAUCGCAUUCAGCCGUCUCGGCCGAGGACAAGAGGAAAGCGUGUUUGAGACCAGAGGAGGAGAAGAAAAGCUCUUCGUCGCAGCGUCGCUGGUGUCAACACAGAGUUCGUACAGCGAAUGCGUUUUGCUGCCCUUCUCCCGGUGGUUUCUGUGCCGCAGCCAGCGAGUGA